AUGAGACCACAGCAGCAACAACAACAACAACCGAUGCAACAAAUGAAUGUUGCAAAUGUACAAAAUAUUCUUAACGGCAUACCGGUUGCUCCGCCGCUCGCCAUCUUCAAUCAAACGACAAUAAAUCAACAGCGAACAACAAUAAAUCAACAGGAAACAAUAAUAAGUCAACAGCAAACAAUAAUAAGUCAACAGCAAACAAAAAUUAAUGAAUUAGAACAAGAAAAUAUUCAAUUACGUGAAAAAAAUGAAAAACUGGAGCGUGAUUUUCAACAACUAAAAUUUGAAUUCAAGAUUUUACUUAUGAAGAUUAAAGAUAUGGAAAGUCCACCACAGUAA